AUCAUUUUAGAUUGUCUACUUCUCUGACUGAAAGUGAGAGAAAAAAUUUGUACCGAGUGACAAUGAAAGGUAAGUGGCCAGAAGUAGUGGAAAUAUACAAGGAAAAUCCAAGGGCUCACAAGAUGAGGAUCACACACGAAGGUGGUACAGCUUUGCAUUUAGCAGUCAUAGAAUGCAGACAAGACAUUGUUUUAAAACUCGUGCAAGAGAUUUCCAAAAAUGACAAAACAGCACUUGAAAUCCAAAACGACAGAGGCGAUACCCCUCUUCACCAUGCAGCUUCAGUGGGGGUUAAAACCAUGUGUGACUACAUCGUCGCGGCAGCUAAUCCAUCGCUGAUUGGCAUUCGGACCCACAAGAAAGAGACUGCUCUAUUCAUUGCAGCUAUUAAUGGAAACAAGGAUGCUUUCUUGUACCUCCAUUCCGUGUGCCCUGCCGCCUCUGACUCGAAUUCGCCGGAUUAUCAUCACUACUCUUAUACCAGGAGAUCCAACACUGGUGACAAUAUUCUGCAUGCUGCAAUCAAUAACGGGCACUUUGAUUUGGCAUACCAAAUAAUUCAUUUGUAUGAGGAUCUUGUUAAUUCUGUCAAUGAGGAGGGAUUAACUCCAUUCCAUUGUUUGGCCAAGUCAUCUGACUUCAAAAGCCGUUCUCGCACUAUGGAAGAGACUCAUUUAUCAUUGUAA